AUGUCCCAAGCAAAAGCAAAAGCACCAGCACCCUGGUCUCCUCUCCUCAAAUCCCACCUAACCUCCAGCAAAAGCAAAUCCUUCACCCUUUCCACCGUCACCCACCACCCAACCACCGGCCUCCCCGUCCCGCGCUCGCGCACCUGCGAGCUGCGCGGCUUCUUCCCGGAUGUGCUGAGCCUACACCCCAGCGCCGCCUCGGCGCUCGACGCCCAAGGCAUCGGCCGGAUUCCUUCCGGGCUGGAGAGCGAUAUGCCCGUGUUCACGACGGAUAUACGGAUGGCGAAGGUGGGCGAGUUGGGGGUUAGUGGCGGGCAGGUGGAGGGGGUGCUUUGGUUGGAGGGGGUGCAGGUGCAGUGGCGGGUGAAGGGGGGGACGUUUGUUUUUGGGGGGGAGGGCACGUUUAGGAACCCGCCGCCGGGACAGCCGCGGUCGAAGCACCGGGAGACUUCGGAGCUGAAGAUAGGGCAGAAGGUUGAGGACUUGAGGGACCCUGUUGCGAGACGGAAUUUCCGCGUCGUGGUUAUUCGGCCCGAAGAGGUGGAGAUGUUGGAUCUCUCCAAGGCGCCGGAUGCUGUUCGUAAGAGGUGGACGGUUGCGAGGGAUGGGGAUACUGAGAAGUGGGAGGAGGUUGAGCUGUGGCCUUGA